AAUUUUAAUGCAAUCUUAAUGCUAAUUUUACUUGCAAAAACUUUUUUGUUUAUUUCUUGAUGAAUAAAGUUAGUUAAUUUUUUCAUUUGUUCAACCAUUUUCAGCUUUUUAAAAACAAUUUCUCAAAGUGAAAUAGCAAUUAUUUUUGCAUCAUUUUUUUUUUCAAAUUAUCUUAAUUAAGAGAAUAUAGGCGAAAAUUAAAUGGACAAAAAUUUUAUUGAGAAUAAAAAUAAAAGUAUCGAAAACAAAAUUUUAUCAUCUACCAAAAAAAAGAUAUCAUUAAAAAUAAAUCAUUGUAGAAGACCAGGUUUGGUCUAUAGAAAUUUGGUGAAGAAUUUGGUAAACUCUGAGAAAACUAGUGUAUAUUUUAAAAACUCUAUAGGGAAACAAUGGAUACCACCUAGGUCACCUUAUGCUUUGAUUCAAGAAGACCUUUUCCAUGAUCCUUGGCAACUGUUGAUUGCUACAAUAUUUUUAACCAAAGUUACUGCUAAAAUGGCUAUACCAAAAAUUCAUAAAUUUUUUAAAAAAUGGCCAAAACCAGAAGAUGUUAAGAAAGCAGAAACAUUAGAUUUACUUCGAUCUGUUGAUAAUUUAGGAUUAGAAAAUACAAGAGUUAAAACUAUUAAAGGCUUCACUGAAGAUUAUUUGACUAAAGAUUGGAAGUAUCCUAUAGAAUUAUAUGGGAUUGGAAAAUAUGGUAAUGAUUCGUAUAGAAUAUUUUGUGUUAAUGAAUGGAAACUUGUACAACCUGAUGAUAUUAUGCUAUCUAAAUAUAAAGAAUGGCUUUUACGGAAUGAAGAAACUUUUGGCUUAUAAAACUGUUUAUAUUUUUACUUUGUUUAUGAUUUAUUAUUUUAUUGAUAAUUUUUAAAGACCUAUUUAUAUAUUUCAUUAUCAUGUUAUUGUAGAUUAUAAUUUUUUUUAAAUUUAUUAGUAACAUAAUUAUAAUAUUACAUUUUUUAAUCUAAAUACUGUUGAAAAUUUAUCAAAUAAUAUAUAGCGAAUCAUU